AUAUACUCUUGUCAAGAACAUAUUGCUUGCACUAGCUUAUCGUAAUAUUUUUAUAGUAUAUAUGUGCAAAAUUACAUACAUACAUACAUAUGUUCAAUAUCUAGUACGUGAAAUUUUUCAUUUUCAUAAGUAGGUUGGUUAUUUAUUUGGUUCCCACUCGUUUAUUAUUCACAUAUUUUAGUCAAAAUGAAUUCUACAAAUGAUCCAAGAAGGCGUGAAAAAGUGGUAAGAUAUAAAGCACUUGGUCAAGCAAAUGGAGGGGCAGGAGAAGAUCUGAUGCCUGAUUAUAUGAAUAUAUUAGGGAUGAUAUUUUCAAUGUGUGGCCUCAUGAUGAAACUCAAAUGGUGCGCUUGGUUUGCUUUAUACUGUUCCUGUAUAAGUUUUGCAAAUUCAAAAAUAAAUGAUGAUGCAAAACAGGUUCUUUCAUCUUUUAUGUUAAGUGUGAGUGCUGUAGUAAUGUCAUAUCUUCAAAACCCUGCGCCAAUGACACCACCAUGGGCAUCAUAACAUUAAUUUUCUUUGUUUUUCA